GUUUGUUGAGAUAACGAAAUAUUUUAAGUUCAAGGUCAUUUAAAAUUAAAAUGUUUGCUUCUCUUGGAGAAAAUCUUCCUUUAGUUUAUUAUUUACAAUUAAUAGCUUUCUAAAAUACAGAGUAUCACGUGAUCAUAUAUAUUGAAUUUUAAUUGGUCAUCGGUGAGCGUGCCCUGCGCGACGCGAGAGGCGCAAUACAUAAUAGUUCACCAAAAUGCCGUCGGAAUCUAAGCCUUUGUUGACAGCUCAAACAGAAAAACCGAAUCAUUAUAAAUAUUUGAAGGAAUUCCGAGUCGAGCAGUGUCCAUCAUUUCUACAACAUAAAUGUACACAACAUAGGCCUUUUACAUGUUUUCAUUGGCAUUUUAAUAACCAGAGAAGAAGAAGACCAGUUAGAAAAAGAGACGGAUCAUUUAAUUAUAGCGCUGAUAAUUAUUGUGCCAAGUAUAACGAGACAUCGGGCAUUUGCGAAGACGGCGAUGAGUGCCCAUACCUUCAUAGAACAGCAGGGGACACGGAAAGACGUUACCAUCUACGGUAUUACAAGACAUGCAUGUGCGUCCAUGAUACGGACGCUCGUGGACUUUGCACCAAAAAUGGUGCACAUUGUGCAUUUGCGCAUGGUGCACCAGAUUUGCGUCCCCCGGUUCUUGAUGUUAGGGAACUUCAAGCUUUAGAAAAUCCGGAUGGUGCGGAAGGAGAUGCCGCAGCCCCUAAUGCUCUUGAUAGAGAAAGGAAUUUAAUGAACGAAGAUCCAAAGUGGCAAGAUACAAAUUAUGUAUUGUCAUCAUAUAAAACAGAGCCAUGUAAAAGACCGCCUAGAUUAUGUAGACAAGGGUAUGCUUGCCCGCAGUAUCACAAUAGUAAAGAUAAGCGUAGAUCACCAAGGAAGUACAAGUACCGCAGCACGCCUUGCCCGAGCGUGAAGCAUGCGGAGGAGUGGGGCGAGCCCAGCAACUGCGAGGUGGGCGAUGCGUGUGGGUACUGUCACACGCGCACCGAGCAGCAGUUCCACCCUGAGAUAUACAAGUCUACCAAGUGCAAUGAUGUGCAGCAAGCCGGCUACUGCCCGCGCGGACUCUUCUGUGCAUUCGCACAUGUCGAACCGGAAGAUCUGACAGCCGGACGGGAUCUGACAGCUCCCCUGGAGUGCGGCACCAACCUUGCAGACCUUCUGUCCUCCGCACUACCCGAGAAGCGCGCGCCCUCGCCCGCGCCGCCGCACACCAACGGCGACGAGUGUGCCUCAACUUCCAGCGGCGGCUCCGCCCCCCAGCGCACCUACGACGACAAGUUCUCCUGGCACCCGCGCAGCACUUUCGACCCCACCGUGCUGCAGGAGGUCGUGGGCAACGCACUCGACGACUUACAUCUGGACGACCCAGUGAACCUGGUCGCCUCGCUCGACCGCGACCUCUCCGACAGCGAGGGACUGCUCGGCGGCUCCGCGCCCGUUAACAUUCCACGCCCGCCCCUGCGCGGCUUCAGCCCGCCCACCGGCGGCUCCCCGCUGCCCCCCUUCCUGCGCUACGCCUCCACCGACGACCGCCUCUUCAACUCGCACAUAAAAGCGGGUAGCUUCGGCGCCGCGGGCGCGGGCCCUUUCGAGUUCGCGGCGGCGUCGCCCUCCGCACCCACGGAGCUGUCGCGGCUUCGUGAGGAGGUACAUGCGUCUCGCGCCGCCGCCGCGCGCUGGGACGAGCGCGUUGCACAGGCGCGCUCCGCCUGUGAAGCCUGGCAACGUGAGUCGGACGAGGCACUGCGCAAGACUGCGCUGGCGGAGCGGCAGCGCGAUGAGGCGCUCGCACACGCAAUGUCGCUGCGGCGCGAGCUGGAGGCGGCGCGAGCGGGCACGGGCGCGGGCAGGCGCGAACUGCGCGGCCUGCCGCUCGCCGCACUCAAGGCUCUGCAGGCGCAGGCGCGCGCCGACCUCGAGGAGAUCGAGAAGGUGCUGUACCUGGAGACCGCCACCAAGUGCAUGGUGUGCGAGGAGCAGCCGCGCAGCGUCACACUGGCGCCCUGCAACCACUACGUGCUGUGCGACAGCUGCGCGCUCACAGCCAAGGAGUGCCCAUACUGCCAGACGCCCGUGCAGCAGCUGCCUUGAGCCCGCACACAACAACACAGCAUUGCUUGUACGUCUUUACAAUUGUAAUUUGCGUAACAUUUUAUUUUCUUACUAAAACUAAAGGGAGAUGCGAGCGAUCGCCUCCAGCAGCUGCGGGACUGCGACCGCCUCCAGCAGCUGCGGGA